AUUGAAUAGAACGUAGAAGAAGAAAAAAAAAACCCAUUUAAACACGAAAAUCAAGACAAGAACCAACAAACAACCCCAAGGCAACCUCUCUUCAAAAAUUACAAAAAGAAUUUAUAUUAUAUAAAUCCUUUUUAACUAUUUUAAGAAGGCUAAUGAGAGUUGCUUCCAUUCUCGUCACCUUGUUAACGUCUUUUUCUGUGAUAAAGGCGUUGCCUGUAUUUGAAAAACCAAAUGAUUUUGAUAAACAAGGCAGACAAUGUCCACUAUAUCCUCAAUAUAAUGUACAGUGCCCUGUAUUAUGUGUAACAGAUCACAGUUUAUGCCCAUCUUCAGUAACACCAGCCUGUCCUGAAGGACUUGAAUUUUGCCUUGAUGGCACCUGUCAAACCUCUUGUGACAGCAUUUCUAACAUUUGUCUGUGUGGCGACAAUCCCUCCACAUCACCCUUCUCUAAUUUAUUACCCUGCGCUGCUUCACAGCUUAUCAACAUCACUCAUUUCAAUCCUGACAUUAAAGACUUACAGACACGAAAUCUCUGUGCUGCAAAUCUCAAUAUAUCCCGCGCGUCCAUUGGACUUUAUGGUUACCCCAACGCCUCAACAUCAGACUUUGUCUGGGCCCAAUGCCCUCCAACACCUCCAGCAAUCUUUUCUUUUCGUGAACCCAUGUGGAUCGCGGUUUGGACUAUCACAGCAUUGGAAGCGUUCAUUUUAAUAAGCUGGCAUCUUUAUAAAACUGCAAGAGAAGCUUCUUUUAGAAAAGAAAACUCGAGAUUACAACGUCUAAGUGAUAAGCUCGUCUUGGAAAAUCAGGUGUCAAGUCGUAACUUAGAUUUGAUUGAUGAAAAACUCACAGCAGUUUCAGGACGUCUUGACACAGACGGCCUUAGUAUAAACGGUGAAAAAAAGCUUAGAAAGAUGACCGAAACACCAUCCGAUAUAAAAGACGCCACCACCUCAGUGUCCUCUACAACGAGUGAAAGUACUUCUGACAUCUCAUCCCUCAAAGACUGCGAACGCUUAAGGUUCAGAGGUUUUAACCGUGAUUAUUUUGGAUUGAUUGCAUUUGCUUCAGUAUGCUUCGUGACAGUUUUAUUCAUGAUCUUCUUAGGUUGUCUUGUGGGAGAUACAUAUGGCAAGUUACAAGCAGGUGAAAUUUAUCAUGUCUUCCUUUCAUCUGAUACUGCUUCAAAGAUAUUUUGUGCUGUAUGGCACAUUGCAGCUGCUUGGUUCUGUACUGUAAUGGUGUUUAGGAAAAAAAUACGGAAUUACUUUCGCAUUGAAUCCUUUCCUCAUCUCUGCCCUAUUAUUCAAGUAGAACGUCAACAAGAAGAAUUAAUAUUUUUGGAUGAUGGGAACAAAUGGGUUGCUAGAUUACGAGCUAUUGAGCAGUACUUUGUUCGUAGGUUCAAUACGAAUAUAGUUGUGGAAACUUGCCCCGUCCGUACAACAUCAACUAAAUUGCGCUAUUUUGAGUAUCAAUGCAUGAGAUAUGUGUAUAAUUCAGAAAAGAAACGCUUCGAGCCUUAUGAAUUUGAUCUUGGUUCAACAAACAGAAAGUUGAGGGCUUGGGCGAAUGGUGUCGUCACCAAAGACGCUGUAUACCGUCAGGAACUCUUGGGGCCCAACAUUAUUCCUGUUUAUGUACCACCCAUUCCUUUGGCAAUCGUUCAAGAAUUCAGCUCGCUAUUAUACUUAUAUCAAAUGAUGUGUAUGUGGGUGUGGUAUUACUUCAAUUAUUAUCCUAUGGGUUUGGUUCAAACAUGUAUCAUUCUGAUAUCCGCCGCUAUUCGAAUCUUUCUUCGCCUCAGAGCUGAAAGACGUAUCAAAGCUAUGGCAGAAUAUGUAACGAACGUUACCGUCUUCCGUGAUGGACAAUGGCAAAAAGGCAUCUCUAGUGCAGAUUUAGUCCCUGGAGACGUGUUUCAAGUUGACGAACAUUCUACCGUUCCUUGCGACUGUGCUCUUUUGUCGGGUGCCGUGGUUGUUAAUGAAUCGGCUUUGACAGGUGAAGCAAUGCCCAUUCGUAAAUUCGCCUUACCCGACGACGACAAUUUGUAUGAAAUGGAUGGUGCCGGGAAGGUGAACUCGUUGUUUGCUGGUACUUUAGUAUCUCAAGUCAUGCCCUCUCUUAAAGAUGAUGGCACGGGUGAAUUAGAGCCACGCGUUUGUGCUUUAGUGCUCCGUACCGGUAUCUCUAGCGAAAAGGGUAUGCUCAUUCACAAGAUUCUCUUUCCCUCUCCUGUAAGCUUUAUCUUUGACGAACAUAUCAAGGUGGCCAUCUGUAUUCUGUUGAUAUGGGGUCUCAUUGCAUUCUGUUUGACUCUCUAUUUGAUGGGACGUGGUAAUAUCACCAGCUGGUUUUACGGUAUUUUCAUCAUGUCUCAAAUCUUUUCCCCACUGCUACCUGCUGCCUUUACUAUCAAUCAGUCUGUCUGUGCCACGCGACUGCGAAAGAAGCAGAUUUUGUGUAUUGAUCUACCUCGUAUCAAUCUUUCUGGCAAAGUAAGUAUAUUCUGUUUCGACAAAACUGGCACCCUCACACGCGAGGGAUUGGAAUUCUUUGGCGCCGUUGCUUCUCCUAAACUCGAUCAUAGAGUACAAGACCCUUUGAUCAUGGAUCCUCUUUUGGCGAUGGGUAUUGCAACGUGUCAUGCUGUUACCAAGGUGGGCGAUCAGUUCAUUGGUAACCCUGUCGAUAUAGAAUCCUACAAUGCUAUGCGUUGGGAUCUUGUGCCUACGAGCAGUCCCGAUUAUCUUGAUAGUUUAAUGCCACCCGCGAAUUCUCGCAACAGAAGUAGCAGUCGAGAUUCUCCCAUCAGCGUCAUUCGCCGUAGUGAAUUUGUUCACGCUCGUGCCUCCCAGUCUGUGGCUGUUCUUGAUCCACACGAUAACCAUGUCCAUGUCUUUUUAAAGGGCUCGUUUGAACGGGUAAAACAUUACUCCACCCCAGAAUCUAUCCCUGCUAAUUAUGACACCGUCUCUGCCAAGUUUGCUCAAGAAGGUUGCUAUGUUCUUGCUUUGGCUCACCGUGAUAUGGGUGUGCUCGGCAAAGAUGUUUUCAUGGAAGAUAUCAAGAGUAGGAGUCGCGAUGAUUUGGAAGUUGGCUGCCACUUUAUCGGCUUUGUCCUUUUCAGAAAUAUGUUGAAGGAUGAUACGACGGAUGCCAUUCAACAGUUGAAGGAAGGUGAUGUCCGUCCUGUGAUGAUUACUGGUGAUACCGCUUUAACGGGUAUUUUUAUCGCUCGUCAAUGCGGUAUGAUUGAGCCGGACCGUCAUGUUUACCUUGGUGAUAUGGUCAACGGAAGCAUGGUCUGGCACAAUGUCGAUACAGGUGAUCGUUAUGAGGAUGUUGAGACAGUGUUGGCAAGUGAUCCUCGAGAAAAUGAGCAUAAAUUGAUAGAGCUGGCUCUCACAGGACGUGCUUUUGAAUUUCUCAAUGCUCACAAUUUAAUGCGCAAUUAUCUUUUCUACACUCGCGUUUUUGCGCGUAUGACACCGAAUGAUAAAGUGCAAUGCGUGCAACUUCAUAUGGAAAGAGGGGUCACAGCCAUGUGUGGUGAUGGUGGUAAUGAUUGUGGUGCUCUCCGUGCCGCACAUGUUGGCCUUGCCUUAUCAGAAGCUGAAGCAUCGAUGGUAUCGCCCUUCAGUACGAGCAAUAGAAGUAUCAUGCAAUGUGUUGAACUCCUGAAGCAGGGCCGUGCUGCUCUUGCAACCAGUUUUUCAAACUACAAGUUCCUUAUCUUUUACGGUGAAUCAAUGGCCUUUUGGGAAUUGCUCAUGUUCUAUUUCACAGUGAUUGCUCCUCAAUCCAUCUGGAUCACCAUUGAUGGUUUUAUCACUACCACCAUGACAUUUGCUAUCACGCAAGCACAACCUGCAGAUCGUUUAAAACCUUCUCGACCAACAGCCAAACCCUUGGGGCCCAUGACGAUAGCGUCUUGUUUAGGUGUCACUUUUAUCAACUUUUGGUUUAUUGUUUGCAGUGUUAUCUGGCUUUUCCAACAAGAUUGGUUCAUUUGCCAUGAAUUUGAUAGUUCUUCUAUUGAUGCUGCUAAAUGGUGGCUCCUGGGUGACAACUACGAGUCUGAGAUUAUCUCGUUAGUAGUCAUGUUCCAAUUCUUCAAUAAUGCAGCCGUCGUCAACUUUGGAGGCACCUACCGUCAAUCCUGGUGGCGCAAUUAUGUACUUGUAAUCUUUUACUGUUGCUUUUUCAUUCAUACCAGUUUCUUAAUAUUAGCGGACCCGAACCCAUACAGUUGUAUUUUCCGAAUCAAUUGUGGUUCGCCCGAUGUGCUACAAUCUCUUGGAUACCCUUAUCCUCAUUGGGAUAUUGACCCUUAUAACUCUCCCUUGGGUCAUAAUGUUUUACCCAAACGGUUUCGCUGGGCAUUGUGGGGCUUCGUGCUUGGCAAUUCGCUGGCAACCAUCCUAUGGGAGCGUUGUGUGGUCGAAAACACUCGCUUCGUCAAAUUUUUAAAAAAGUCUUUCAAAAUCCUAUAAAUUCCAUAAGUUAUUCCUCCUCAAGUAAAUAGACAAUUGUACAUAUACAUAAUUAAUUUAAUGAACAGGCCGUUGCAGAGCCUGGGAUAUGAUUCCAUAUAACCAUGACAUAUCAUUAAAUCUUCAUUUUUACCACAAACGGACCAUAGCUUUUCCAUUGCAAUGCUUAGUUCUGCGUUAACGAUAGAUUCGUAACCUUAAAAAUUUAAACCUUCUAGAUCGUUUCCUUUGAUGGAGGAGGGGGCGAAAAAAGCGGAGAAGCUUAAUUGCCGCUGACAACAGCAACUACAGCAAAG